GAAAACAGCAAUAGUACACGUGAGCUUAGAGUGCAGUGGAUCACAAAUGGCGCUUUCGAUUUUGCCAACAACCAACUACCGUGGUCUUCUUCUGCUCUCAUUUCCCUCCUACUACUAGGUUAAUCCCACCUAUAAAUCAUCAAUUUCUCUCACUCUCUCCACUUUCUCUAGCUUUUACAACACUUGAUAAUGGCGUCUUCUACUUUAGAUCACAAACAACCUAUUUUCUCUUCUCUCGGAAAUGCUUCCGGCGAAUUCGAUGUGGAGAAGACAGUAGAACAACCGCUAAUAGAUGGAGCUCACCAUACCGAGAAUUACUCGCUUCUAUCCUGCAUUUUACCAUUUUUAUUCCCAGCUCUUGGAGGAUUACUUUUUGGUUAUGAUAUUGGGGCUACAUCAUCUGCCUCAAUUUCAAUUCAGUCACCAACUUUAAGUGGAACUACAUGGUAUGACUUGAGUUCUGUGGAAGUUGGUCUUAUUAGCAGCGGAUCAUUAUAUGGAGCUCUGAUCGGAUCUGUCUUGGCUUUUAAUAUAGCCGAUUUUCUUGGGAGGAGGAAAGAGUUGAUAGCAGCUAGCAUAUUCUAUCUUGUCGGAGCUCUUAUUACAUCAACAGGACCUAACUUUGCAAUGAUGAUGAUAGGACGCUUUAUAUAUGGCAUUGGAAUUGGACUGGCAAUGCAUGCUGCUCCAAUGUACAUUGCUGAGACUGCUCCAUCUGAUGUAAGAGGUCGACUAAUCUCUAUGAAAGAGUUCUUCAUAGUUAUCGGUGUGGUUAUCGGUUAUGCCAUUGGGAGCUUCUUAGUAAAUGUCAUUUCUGGUUGGCGUUAUAUGUAUGCUAUGAGUUCUCCCAUAUCAGUUAUUAUGGCAAUUGGGAUGUGGUGGCUACCAGAUUCCCCUAGAUGGCUACUAUUGUGCGCUAUACAAGGAAAGGGAGACAGGCAGCUUCUAAGAGAGAAUUCCAUUUCUUGCAUGUGCCGUCUUAGAGGCCAACAAGUUAGUGAUAUAGCUGCCGAGAAAGUAGAUGAGAUAAUUUCAGAACUUUCUCUUGCUGGUGAACUGAAUGAUGUGUCUACGAUUGAAAUGUUUAGAGGGAAAUACUUGAAAGCUUUGUUUAUUGGUUGCGGUUUAGUCUUGUUUCAGCAGAUAACAGGUCAACCAAGUGUGCUGUAUUAUGCUGCCUCUAUCUUGCAGAGUGCAGGAUUUUCUGCUGCAUCCCAUGCAACACGGGUCUCUAUUCUGCUUGGCUUAUUUAAGCUUAUUUUGACCGGAAUUGCUGUUUCGGUUGUUGAUAAACUUGGGAGAAGACCUUUAUUACUUGGUGGUGUAUCUGGGAUGGUGAUCUCUUUGUUGUUUCUUGGAGCCUAUUAUACUUUUCUUGGUGAUGAACCAGCUAUAGCUGUCAUUGGUUUACUCCUUUAUGUUGGUUGUUAUCAGUUAUCAUUUGGUCCGAUCGGCUGGCUGAUGAUUUCAGAAAUUUUCCCUUUGCGCAUGAGAGGAAGAGGACUAAGUUUAGCUGUUCUCGUCAAUUUUGGGGCAAAUGCUCUUGUUACUUUUGCGUUUUCUCCGAUACAGGAUCUCAUUGGAGCUGGAAAUGUGUUCUAUAUUUUUGGUGGCAUAGCUGUCGUUUCACUCGUAUUCAUAUUCUUUAUAAUACCAGAAACCAAAGGGCUGACUCUGGAGGAAAUUGAGGCCAAACUAUUGUAACUUCUAAAACUUCAGAACUCAUGUAUAGAAAGUUCUAGAAGUAUAUUGGUAGCAUUACCCUUUUAUUUUAAUGGUGCAGUCUGCAUUGCAUGAACUCGUAAAACAAGGCUUAAACUUAUAUUUAUUUUUUGCCUGUAUUUUUUCACAUUAAUAAAUUAAAUUUUCUGCAGCUGUAUAAUGAGUUACCAAAAAUCUCUACAAGAACAAUUACCAUUACUGAAAUGGUGAAAACGAUUUAA